UUAUAGUUUAAUUUUGGUGAAAAACAAGGAAUUAAAUUAAAUUUUAAGCAUUAAUAAUUAUUUCACUCACAUUUUAAGAUGUCUUUAGUAUCAAGAAACGUUCCAAGACUCCUAUUUCAAGCCCUACAGAGUUCCAGUAGCAGAUCAAUACAUAAUAGCAUAGCAAAUAACACUGCUGACCUAGCAGAAAGACCGAACGCUAGGACCACAUGUACCCUGAUACCCGGCGAUGGCGUUGGCCCUGAGCUCAUCUACUCCGUGCAGGAGGUAUUCAAAGCGGCCGGCAUACCGGUCGACUUCGAGUCGUACUUUUUCUCUGAGGUCAAUCCCACGCUUAGUGCGCCUCUCCAAGUUGUUGCUAAAUCCAUCGAGAGAAAUAGAGUGUGUCUGAAAGGUAUCCUUGCUACACCCGAUUACAGUCACACUGGGGAGCUGCAGACUCUGAACAUGAAGCUAAGGAAUUCUCUCGAUUUAUAUGCUAAUGUGGUACACGUCAAGUCACUGCCAGGCAUCAAAUGUCGGCACAGCAACAUUGAUUGUAUCAUUAUCCGUGAACAAACGGAGGGAGAAUACUCUGCAUUAGAGUAUGAGGGAGUUAAAGGGGUUGUUGAAUGUUUGAAAAUUGUUACUAAGACAAAAUCCCAAAGGAUAGCCAAGUUUGCAUUCGACUAUGCUACUAAGAACAACAGGAAAAAGGUGACUGCUGUUCAUAAGGCAAACAUUAUGAAGUUGGGAGAUGGUCUGUUCUUGAAAAGUUGCGAGGAAAUGGCCAAACUCUAUCCGAAAAUCGAGUUCGAAAAGAUGAUCGUGGACAACUGCACGAUGCAGAUGGUGUCCCACCCCCACCAGUUCGACGUGAUGGUGACGCCUAACCUGUACGGCAAUAUUGUGGACAAUUUGGCGUCGGGUUUGGUCGGUGGUGCCGGCGUCGUGGCCGGGGCGUCGUAUUCGGCGAAUUGUGUCGUUUUCGAACCGGGCGCGCGCCAUACUUAUUCAGAAGCGGUCGGCAAGAACGUGGCCAACCCGACCGCGAUGCUGCUUUGCUCAGCUAAGCUGUUGAGGCACGUCAACCUGCCGAUGUACGGCGAGAUGAUCAGGAACGCGGUGGAAAAAGUGUUGAACGACGGUAAAGUGAAGACCAAGGACGUGGGGGGGCAGUCGAGUACGCAGGAGUUCACGUAUGCUGUCAUCCAUAAUCUGCAGAUACCGCCUCAGCCACCCCUGCCUACUUAUUGAGGUCGAAUUAGGUGAUAUUAACAGCGAGUUAGGUGAUUGAAAUUGUUAUAAUCCAGUGUGUGAUUUAUUGUGACAGUAUUUAUUAAUCUAUUAUUUAUUGACUAGGAAUAAAGUAACACCUUG